UCUUUACAUAAGGAAGCAAACAGUUUAAGCUCGGCUUGCCAUACCAGGAGGCCGUAUGCUUCUCGUUUGCAUAAUUUUUUCAGAAUCGCGUUGUUUAAAUGUAAUCUUUUUUUGUAAAUUAAUUAAAAGUUUUUUCUUCGUUUUGUUUUUUGUUAAACCAGAAUAUCAAUCGUUUGUAAAAACUUUAAAUUGUUAAAAAUGGCUAAGAUCCACUUGCUAGUGGUCUUAGCAAUCACAUCGAUUUUCUGCCUUCAUCAAGUGCAAUCGAUCAAAUUCUGUGAAGAUGGAGAAUUUGAGUGUAAAGAAGGAACAUGCAUUCCAAUGGAAAAAGUCUGUGACUCUCGAAGAGAUUGUCCAGAUAACUCCGACGAGAGAGAUUGCGAUUUCAAACUUUGUCGAAAGCCAAAUUAUUACCAAUGUUCGGAUGGCAAAACGUGCAUUCCAUCAGCAUUUGUUUGCAAUGGCGAUGAAAAUUGUCCAGAUGGCGGCGAUGAGAUUCAAUGUGAAGGCAAAUCUGGCUGGCCUUCAGAGAAUUGCACUGAUACCGAGUACACGUGUGAAGAUAAAGGCUGUAUUCCGAUGCAUUUCAUGUGUGACGGAAAGAAAGAUUGUCAUGAUGGAUCAGAUGAGACAGCAGGUUGUUUAAAAGCGGAACACGAGUGUUCGGGAUUUUUCUGUCAGAAUCGUAAAUGUUUGGAAAGUCACUUGUGGGUGUGCGAUGGAGCUGAUGAUUGCGGUGAUGGAAGUGACGAGAAGGGUUGUGUCUGGAAUUGCAAAUUAGACCAAAAACUCUUCCUCUGCCACGACAAUGACACCUGCAUCGAUCUAGCGAAAGUCUGCGAUGGUAAAAUCGAUUGCCACGAUCAAAGUGAUGAAAAUGGAAAAUGCUCCGACGCACAUUCCAACUGUGAAUCUAAACAAUGUCCUCUAGAUAGUACGUGUCACUCAUUACCAACAGGUCCCGAAUGUGUCUGUCCAACAGGCUAUCAAUACAAUAGUCACGAAAACACCUGCGAUGACAUAAACGAAUGUGAAACCUAUGGAAUUUGCAGUCAAGGUUGCAUCAACAAAAUUGGCUCAUACAUGUGUUAUUGCGAAGACAAGUACAAACUCAAAUCUGAUAAUAAAACUUGUGUAGUUAAAAGUGGAGAGCCUUUAUUAUUGUACACAACUCAAAAGACUGUUGUUGGAAUGUAUUUGAAAACACGACAUAUCUAUACAGUCGCUGAUAAUCUGACUUUGGUUAUCGGAGUUGCGUAUGAUGGACAGAAUAUCUAUUGGACAAACAUACACCAUGAGUCCGAGAGUAUUGUAAAAGCUCGAGAAGAUGGUUCGAAGCAAGAAAUUCUACUCACUUCGGGUCUUGAUGCUCCCGAAGACCUAGCAGUGGAUUGGUUAACAGGGAAUAUCUAUUUUUCGGACAAUGUUUUAAGACACAUAGCAGUCUGUUCAAGCAAUGGCCACUAUUACAUGCCCUUGGUUGUAAUCGACGUUCAUCAGCCCCGCGGAAUCGCCCUCUGGCCUCAAAAAGGUUUGAUGUAUUGGACUGAUUGGGGUAUGAGACCAAUGAUUGCCAGGGCUUCCAUGGACGGUGCUGAUCCUGUGGCUCUUAUCAAAUCCGACAUCCAUUGGCCAAAUGGAAUAACUCUUGACAUUCCCAAUGAACGGUUCUACUGGGUCGAUGCCAAACUGAUGACAAUCGAAAGUGCCAAAAUGGAUGGAUCCGACCGAAGAUUAGUCCUGUCUGAUAUCCUCAAACAUCCUUAUGGAAUAGCAGUGUUUGAAGACAACUUGUAUUGGUCUGAUUGGGGUACAAAAAGUGUUCAUACUUGUCACAAGUUCACCGGCAAAGGUCAUGAAGUUUUAGCCAAAGAUCGUAGGAUCUACGCCGUCCAUGUUUAUCAUUCAGCUAUUCAGCAAAGAGUUGAUCAUCCAUGCAAAGAUCGCCGCUGUACACAUUUGUGUCUUUUGUCAGCAAAUAAUACCGCAACUUGUGGCUGCCCUGAUGGUAUGUCUUUGGCAAUCGAUCGAACUCGAUGCACCAAGUCAAUGAAGAAGCAAAAGCUUUAUGUGGGUUUGAAGAAUGUCAUUUUGGAAAUGGAACAUACUACUUUUGGCAAGCAUAAAGUCAUUCAGGAGCACACUUUGCCAUUGUUUAUUCAUCAAAUGGCUUAUAACACUGUUAACGGAACUUUAUUGAUUGCUGAUACAGUUCAGAAGGUUAUUGCUGAAUAUGACUCCAUUUCUAAGGAGAUUAAAACACUGCUUCGUGGAAAUAUGGGGAAUAUCACAGGAAUGGCUUUUGACCAUUUGGCUCAAAAUCUUUAUUGGACCGAUUCGGAAAGACAUACAGUGGAGGCUUACUCGAUGAGAAUGCGAUCACGUGCAAUUGUACACUUUUUCUCCGGAGUCGAUGUACCCAUUGGACUUGGACUUUUACCUGAAGAAGGAAAAAUGUUUGUAGCCUUGAAGUCAUCCAACAAGAUCCACAUCGACUUAAAAUCUCUUGGAGGUCCCGGGGACCACACCCACGUCUUCGAAGACAUCAGAGGAAUGGGUGCACUUCAAAUAGUCCCUGACUAUGAGACUCGAACUCUUUACUGGGUAGAUACCGAAGGUGGCAAGAUUGAAUUUUCAAUGUUCGAAGAGUUACACAAUUUCCCUCUUCGAACACGUCUCUCUCAACCAAUUUCGAUGGCUCUCAUUGAUGAUGAUAUUUUCUGGACAACUUUGCGUUCUCCAUACAUCUACUGGACUCACAAGAGCAACUUGGGAUCGGUUAAGAAAUUCCAACUAGAAAUUUCAAGCCUGAAAAUGGUCGACAAAAUUCAACUUCUAUCAAGUCAUCCUCAAACAAUCAUCGAUCAUCCAUGCUUGCAUGAUAAUGGCGGAUGUUCUCAUGUUUGUGUGUCGUCUGGGAAGAAUUCACAAGAAUGUCUAUGUCCGUCAGGUCUUGUCUACAAAGAUUCUCGCAAUCAAACUUGUAUUGAAUCUCUAGAUUGUGAGUUCCGUUGUAAGUCGGGUGAAUGUUUGACAACAUCAAGACGUUGCAAUGGUAAUAAAGACUGCCCUGAUGGCUCAGAUGAGGAAGGUUGUGACUUGAAGACCAAAAAGACCCGAGUUAUCUGUGCAUUCGAUGAGUUCAUGUGUCAUGACUCGUUGCAAUGUGUAUUGAAUGAAGUUCGAUGCAACAAACACAGAGACUGUAAAGAUGGUAGCGAUGAAGAUCAUUGUGAAAAUUUCGAUGAUUUAAAAAAGUGUCAUGCUCAUCAAUAUGCCUGUAAUAAUGGUCGCUGUAUUGACUUGAGUAGCAUUUGUGAUGGGUUCGAUGAUUGUGGUGACAGGUCUGACGAAACACAUUGUAAUAAAGAAGAAGACGGUUCGAAGCCAGCUUGUGGAAGUAAUAUGUUCCAAUGUGCGUCUGGUACGUGCAUCGCCAAGAGUUGGGUAUGUGAUGGACAUGUUGAUUGUAUCGAUGGUUCGGACGAACAUGAGAAAUGCGCUCCCAAGACCUGUGCUGCAGGCAUGCACAAAUGCAACAUCGGCCAAUGCAUCGACGAGAAACUCGUGUGCGAUGGUCAUAACGAUUGCGGUGAUAACUCCGACGAACUUAUGUGCAUUGACGACAAACCCAAGAUUGUUUGCGGAGGUGGUGAUGAUGGUUUUGACCUCAUGGGAAAACCAAAGAAAUUCCAAUGCCCCUCAGAUCCAACAAUUUGCUUAGACAUGAAAGCCAAAUGCAACGGUACCGCUGAGUGUCCAAGAGGUGAAGAUGAAGUUGGAUGUCAUGGUUGCAGCGUGUAUGAGUUCCAAUGCAAGUCGACCAUGGAGUGCAUUCGGAACGAUUUCCAUUGUGAUGGCGAGAAAGACUGUCGUGAUGGUAGCGAUGAGCUGAAUUGUGAUCGGUAUAAUUCUAGCACCCAUUCGCAAUUUGUGAAGGCUUGUGAACCAGGUAUGUUUGAAUGCAAAGAUGGAACUUGUAUCGAUGAGUCUCGAACUUGUGAUGGCAAAGACGAUUGUGAGGGUGGCCAAGAUGAGACAAAUAUAUGCAAAACUGCCUGCGGAAGAGGUACGUGUGAACACAAGUGUAAAGCGACUCCACUUGGAGCCAAGUGUAGUUGCUUUGAUGGCUAUAAGUUGGAUGUGGAUCAAAAGAAAUGUAUUGAUAUUGAUGAGUGUGUUGAAGGACCCAACCCGUGUGCCCAGCUUUGUGCGAAUACAAACGGAGGUUACCGGUGUACUUGUUAUAGUGGAUUUAUGCUGACUCCUGACAAAGUUAGUUGUAAGGCUUUAGACAGUCGGUAUUCACUAUUCUUCACGACUCACAAUGAAAUUCGAAGCUUGAGUGAGUCUCCGAUAACUUUGAAGGUGGUGCACUCUGUGAAUGAUACCAAAAUAUCAGGGCUUGAUGUUGACAUCGAGCGGAAGAAAUUGUUCUACACCACCGAGGACAGUAAUGGGCUCUUCCAAUUUGAUCUUGAGAAACAGGAAAUCACCCAAGGUCUUAUCGUUGAAAACCCUACUAAAGUAGCGGUCGAUUGGAUAACCGGGAAUGUCUAUGUAGUAAGCCGAUCUAAUAGCUAUGCAAUCAGGGCUUGCAACUUUGGACAAAAAGUCUGUGGCGAUGUAAUUAAGCUCCCACCAAUUGAAGUCGUCCGGGCUAUUGCCAUUGAUGCAGUUGGACGGAAACUCUUCUACGCCUCGGUAAUGGCUCAGGGCUUCAGUGCUCCAUUGACACAUAUUUGCAUCGCAGGUCUUGACGGAUCUAAGCAUGCAAUUAUGGGUACAAAACAAGCUUUGGUAACGGCUCUUGAAGCUGAUAUUUACAAACAGGAGCUGUACUUUGUCGAUGCUCAUUCAAAGACCUUGCAAUCGUUAAGUUAUCGUCGGGGCAGUGAUCGGACGAUUAAGACCGUUGUUCGGAAAGAAAAUGCAAUUAUUCAUCCGUCAGCUUUGAGUAUCCAUGAAAAUAUAGCCUUCAUUGUUAACACUGGAGCCAAAGAGGCUGUUAGAUGUCGUCUUUAUGGCAAUUCGUCUUGUCAAGCUUUCUAUUUGAACGUUUACAAUGCCGAAGAUAUCGUGGUCAAUAGCCCGUCUCGUCAAAAAUUAGUCUCGAAUGUGUGUGAUCAUAAGAAAUGUUCUGGUCUGUGUGUUCAAGGUCCAUUUGGUUAUGAAUGUAUGUGUCAAGAUGGUUCAAUUGUCGAUGAAUACUUUAAAUGUACAAAACAAUCUUCCAAUGAUAUCUCAUCUGAUUUAUUUGCAAUGGAAAAGAAUGAGGAAACUGCCACAGCUUCUACAGCUGCAACUGUAUGGUAUACUUUAUUGGGAAUCUUAGUGAUUGCUGGAAUUGCAGCUGGGUACUUUUAUGCAAAAAACAGCAAACAAGGACAUCGCAAUUUCAAUAUCAACAUGCAUUUCCAGAAUCCUUUGUCACGUUUUCAAAACUCUACGACGCCAUCGGGAGGAGGUACAGGCACAACCGGAUAUAACGCCGGGCAGGAAAAACUUCAAUUUAACUUACCUAUUCCGAGAUUAUUACGCGGCUCGAAAGGCACAGAACUCGUCUUGGACACGAAAAGCGAGGCGAAAAACAUCAACUCGACUGGGAAUACCGGAAGAUCCGCGAGUAUAUUAUUGGAGGAGCCCGAUAAUGAUAACACCGGAAAUUUGGCACAUUUCGACGAUGAUCAACGAGCACGCUUAGUUCCAUAAGCAAAUUUAUAUGAAAGAAGAAGAUCGGUUACAGUAUUUAAAUGUUUUUGUAAGAGAAUUUCAUUAUUCAGGCUUAAAGUUUGAACGUUAAAUUUUGUUAUUGUAAGUAAGUAAAUAAGUCGUUUUUUUUUGGUAAGUUGUAGAUAUUUGGUAACAAAUUGUUAAGCGUUAAAUUAAUUAAAUAAUUAUAGAAUAUAUUUCGUCAAAUAUUAUUUUUUAUAAAAGAACGUAAAUGAUAAAUCAAAAUUAAAAGUUCUAUAAAAAUAAAAAUCUAAUUUAAAAAAUAA